CCGGUGCGUCUGCGGACCCGCGGGGCCGGUGCCAACAUGCCGGUCACCGGGAAGACUUUCCGCCGGCGCCGGGCCGACUCAGAGUCAGAGGAAGAUGAGCAGAAAUCAGAGGAGGUUCGAUUGAAACUGGAAGAAACCCGGGAGGUGCAGAAUUUGAGGAAGAGACCCAAUGGAGUGAGCGCGGUGGCCUUGCUGGUGGGGGAGAAAGUGCAGGAAGAGACAACCCUUGUAGACGAUCCCUUUCAGAUGAACACGGGCGGUAUGGUGGACAUGAAGAAGCUGAAGGAGAGGGGGAAGGACAAGUUUGAACAGUUAACAACCCAACUCUUCAGCAGCUGCAUCGCCACGGGCCUCUGUGUUUCUCAUUCCAGGAUGAAAUACAUUGAGACCGAGCUCAAGAAGAGGAAAGGGAUCGUGGAACACGAGGAACAGAAAGUAAAGCAGAAGAAUGCAGAGGACUGUCUUUAUGAGCUUCCAGAAAGCAUCCGCGUCUCCUCAGCCAAGAAAACGGAGGAGAUGCUUUCCAACCAGAUGCUGAGCGGCAUCCCUGAGGUGGACCUGGGCAUUGAUGCCAAAAUAAAAAACAUCAUCUCCACGGAGGACGCCAAGGCCCGCCUGCUGGCCGAGCAGCAGAACAAGAAGAAGGACAGCGAGACGUCCUUUGUGCCCACCAACAUGGCUGUGAACUACGUGCAGCACAACCGGUUUUAUCACGAGGAGCUCAACACCCCCAUCCGGAGGAACAAAGAAGAGCCCAAAGCCCGGCCCCUGAGAGUGGGCGACACAGAGAAGCCGGAACCUGAGCGGUCUCCUCCUAACCGCAAGCGGCCCCCUAACGAGAAGGCCACCGACGACUACCACUACGAGAAGUUCAAGAAGAUGAACAGGCGGUACUGAGGGGAGACGCACGGGAUGGGACGUCAACAGAGCCCCCGCCCCCGGGAGGCCUGAAGACGUACUAGUGGACAUUCUCCGAGCCGACUCGCAUCAGCCCCCUGCCUGCGGGAUGUUUUUCAAGCUCUGCAUUUGUAACCUUUUGAAGCAAAACGUGCAGUUUUCCUAUUUGGGAACAAACGCUUAUUCUUGUGAGCACUAUUAAAUCUCGUUUAUAGGUACGUCACAUUUCUGCCUGUGCCGGAUCCGGAGCGCUCAGCUGUGUUCAGGGUGCAUGCAUUAAAGCUUGUGAGUUCGGGAUUGUGCGAACAGUCGUGUCGCCUCUCUUUAAGUGUCUGGCACUGGGCUCAGUCCACGUUCUCCAUUGCGCCUGUGCAGCUGUCAGCAGAAACACCAGGACAGGACCACGGGGCCAAAGGGAUGCUCAUGGACGCUUGCAAACAUACCUGCUCCUUUUCAUUGAAAAAAGAAUGUUCUGUAACUUUUAGCACUGCUUAACUAUUAAAUAUGAAAUGAA